AUGGAUGAAAACUCGAUGACAUUCAACUUCCCCAGAAGGAGACGCUGGUACACGCGUCUGUGGGAUUCCUGUCGUCGUUUAGGUUGCCUGUGUCAUCAGAGAUCAAGGCAAUUUCACCGCUAUCGGAUCGGGUAUGACCCGGUGGGUCGAUUACAACGAGCGGCAAGUGUUGGGGAUCUGGUGACAACAGAGAAUAUGAUCCAAUCCAGGAGACAUCAUGUGGAUGAAUAUGAUGAGAUGCGCAGGACAUCCCUACAUUAUGCAUGUGCCCACAACCAUCCAGAUGUGGUAACACUUUUACUGGAAAAUAACUCCAACAUUAACAUCAAGGAUGAUGAAGGCUGCACACCGUUGAUUAAGGCCGUGCAGUGGCAAAACACAGAUUGUGUUUCUAUAUUGCUCAAGUACAAUGCUAAUCCAAAUCUGACAGAUUUCCAUGGGAAUACAGCCUUUCACCAUGCCGCUUCCAGGGGAAACAUAAAAAUUGUAAAAUUGCUCCUGGAGUACAACGUAGAUUUUGAAGCCAAAACAAAGUAUGGCUUGACACCAUUGGAACUUGCAAUAUAUGGACAUCACCCUGAAAUGGUAAAUUUCUUAGAAUCAAUGAGUGCAGAUUCACAGUCCGUGCAAGUGUCAAGCAGGCAGCAGAAAGGAAUCCAAAUGCAGGCAACAGAAUGUGAACCUGCCUCACUUCAGUAA